AUGUUCGAAGACUUCUCCUUCUCGACGCCCUCGUCGCGGCCCGCCCGCUUGACCGUCGACGCCGAUGACCGGCUGAUGGUCGACUGCGACACAUUGAUCUCGCCACUGUCGUCGCGCUGCCCAUCGCCGCAGUCAAGCCGGUUCCGCACGCUGCCACGGCCGCGGUCGUCAGUCUUUCGCUCGCCACCGCCGACUUCAGUACCCUUCUCCCACGACCCUAAGCGUCUGUCCAUCUCGACCCUGACCCAGAAACUGCACGAACAUUCCCUCCAAACGCCCGACAACCCCUACUCUCACCCCCACCACCGACGCCCAUCGCUCUCUCUCUCACCAAAUGCAUACGCGGCCCAUGUCCUGACCCCGCCGGACACAGACCACGACGACGACGAACUGUCGCCGGGGCCGUCGUCCAACGCCAGCCCGACCUCGUACCCAGCAGACGACAUGCUGUCGCCUCCGUGUGGAGUUCAAGGACAAGCACAAGCAUAUAGAUCCGGCGACAUCUCCCCGGGCCUACAAUUCGGAUUCGGACCAGGCUCAAGCCCCGAGCCCGGCCCCAACCCCGCCCCCUGGACCACAUCAACCCCAGACCACCUCAGCGUGCGCCUGCAGCGCCAACGCAUCGCCCAGCUGCAAUGCAGUCACACCCCCGACGCACUGCGCCGCUCCUCCUCCUACCGCGCCGACCCGGACCCGAACUUCGAUCCCGACGCCUGCCACCCGAGCUCGCUGCCGCCGCGGUCCUCGCCGCGCCGGCGUGCCGCCACGCUAGCCCGCAGCCGGUUCGGGCCCGGUGACGCCCCCUCGGCGGCUUUGUCGACGGGGCCGGACCCGCGUCUUCGACGGAAGAGCAGUGCCGGCGCUGUGCUGUCCAGCCGCAUCGAUAAGAGCCACUACGGUGCGGCGGCGGGGUCUUUGUACGCGCCGGGAUUCGGGCGCGAGGGCUCCAAGCGGGGUGAUCCGGUGGCGUUGCGCCGGAAGAGUGUGGUUAGUGCGGCUUUAGCUUCUGUGGUUGAGCGGUGA